CUAAAAAAGCCGAAAAGGAAAAAGAAAGAAAAGAAGCACGUCAGCACUUUUAUCGCUUGGCUUUACGCUAUCUAGUAAGCAAAAAAAAAGUUGAAUUUAAGCAAGGGAAAGAAAAAACAAAAGUGCUGAGUAAAUUAUUUGGUGAUUUAGGAAAAAAAUACCAGACCCGACCAGGAGGUUAUAGCCGAAUUAUUAAAUUAGGUCAACGACAAGGUGACAAUAAUUUAAGA